AUGGCAGCUGAUAACCUAGAGGCAUUGCCAGAAUUAACUGAAGAAAAGGAAAGUUCCUUAAAGAAAGAAGCCAAGAAGAUCGAUAUCAAAGUGGGAGAUACAGUAGUGAAGAUUCAUGUAGAACAAGUUGUCAAAGAUAGCAAACCAAAGUUGGAUGUGCUGUUCCUCCAUGGAGCUUCAUUUUCCUCACAAAAUUGGCUGGACAUCAAAUCACUUGAACAUGUCGCCAGUUGGGGUUACAGAGCCAUAGCCAUAGAUUUGCCAGGCGGAAACAAGAGCCCUGUUGAUUUAAGCUCAUCUCUUAAGGGCAAGUUCUUGGAUGAAUUCAUCAGAACAAUGGAAAUGAAGAACAUUGUCAUCAUUGCACCAUCAGCUAGUGGCAGCUAUGCUCUGCCUUAUUUGUUUAACGGUACCAGCUUGAGCAUAGAUAGUGUCUUGGGAUUUGUUCCUAUGGCACCCGUUGGAACAUCACAUUUUAGAGAGAAAUUUACCACCAGUAAGGUACAGACAUUGAUUGUAUAUGGCUCAAAGGAUACUCAGAGAGCUUCUGUAUUCUUACCUGACCUUGAACUCAUACCAAAUCACACAGUUGCAAAGAUAGAGGAUGCUGGACAUGCUUGCUAUCUGAAUAAGCCUGAAGCCUUUCAUAAAGUGUUGUUUCACUUUUUGAAAAACCUGGCACCCUAA